ACACACACACUGUAGAGGGCUCUAAUUCAGCAUGCCUGCUGUUGGAUGCUCUUAGACCGCGACGCAUCCGCCUCACCGUCUAGUUUGGCUGCCUCUGAAAGGGAUUUCAAUAUUUUAUUCAGAGCUCCUCAUGGCUUCAUCGGACGGAAUAGACAAAUGUCUUCUGCACAGAGGCAGAUCUCAAAGUGACCCGAACAUCCUCAGCGAGUCUGGCAUUGAUCUCUCGCACAGCACAGAUGUGAUGGAGCAGCAGAAGGUGCUGUGCUCCAGCUGUUUGGUGAGUGGAGUCCACACCCCUCCCAUCCGGCGCCACAGCAAGCUGGCCACACUGGGGCGUAUUUUCAGGCCGUGGAAAUGGAGGAAAAAGAAAAACGAGAAGCUGAAGCAGAGCUCUACAGAUGUGGCCUUGGCUUGUGGACUUAACUCUCCAGACCUCAGCUCUCCCAUCCAGGGCAUCUCCGAUGCUGAGAUCCGGCUACCUGGCUCUCAAGGGCCCAUUCUUAGCAUCAGUAGGAUGGAGUACCUCAGCUCAGAGCAAGACAAUCUCCCUACUGUGGUAGAUUCUGUGCAGGACAAUGAGACAACGGAAGAGCCAAAUUCAAACGAGGAAGGGGAGGAAGACGAGGAGGCGGUUUCUUCCGUAAAUGAGAAUGAAGAUGUUGAGGAAGAUGAAGAAGACAGAGACGAAGAUGAGGAAGAUGAACUGCAGGAACAGUCUCCUCCAAGCGGUCAUGGCAAUCUCGUUUCUCAGCUAAGCAUGGAAGAAGACCCAAGUAAAGUCGUCAUCACAUCAGUGCCUCAGUCAAACUCUUUUCUUCAAAAAGAACUGUAUAGAGUCCCUGACGGCCCUAGUCCUGUAGUUUUAAGAGGGCCUUUUACUAAUCCUGUGGGGUCGCCUCAUAUAGGCAGCAUACAUCCACUACUGCCCCCUAGCUGUAUAAUAGAAGAACUGCAUCGAGCACUGGCAACAAAGCUCAGGCAGGACAGCAUUGAGCGAGAGCCAAGUGGAGAUGGUGAAAGCAGAAAGGAAGCGGAGGAAAACAAGGAAAAUGUUCGACAGGACCACUGCUUCACUGACGCUUCAGGAAUUAUCUACGAUAUUGACAGCUGGAACGAAUCUGUCAUUUCUGGCACAUUGCCAAGGAGGAUGAAGAAGGAACUGCUGGCUGUGAAGCUUCGGAAUCGUCCCAGCAAACAGGAGCUGGAGGAUAAGAACAUUUUUCCUGUGCGGAGCGACCAGGAGAGACAGGAGAUCCGUCAACAGAUUGAAAUGAAGCUUGCCAACCCCAUUAAUAACAUCAUUUUUUUAAUCUCACAGCUCAACCAGAGGCCAACAGUUGAUGAACUAAGAGAAAGAAAGAUUCUGAUCCGCUUCAGUGACUAUGUGGAGGUGGCCAAAGCCCAGGACUAUGACAGGAGAGCUGACAAACCCUGGACAAGACUGUCUGCUGCUGACAAGGCGGCCAUCCGUAAAGAGCUGAACGAGUUCAAAAGCACUGAGAUGGAGGUCCAUGCUUCAAGCAAACACCUAACAAGGUCAGUAUGCGUGUACAGCACUCACAGAUCUGCCUGCACUAUUUUUAGAUCCACAAAAUCCAAACAGCCUGGUCAAAAAAGACAGGGCCACAAAUGCGUUUGCGUAUAAAAAGCAUGAAUGUGUCACCUUGACAUGAAUUGUUUUGGAUAAGAGGUUCCUCUCGACAUAAUCAUAACAUUAGUGGCCAUUAGAGCUCUUAUGCAUGCUCUUACUAAAAAUAACUGAUUGAUGCAACAGCCUUGUCCCUAUUAUAUCGUUUGUGAUUGCGAAAGG